CGUCACAACACACGGCUCACGGGAGGUGGAAAGUGACACUCGCGGCCGCUCUCUCACUACUCUCACGCUCGCUCAUCAUGUUCGCCGGGAUGAAGAAACUAUUAUUUCUGUUAUUGCUGGUGCUUCCUGUGAUCAUCUCCAUAACCAAUGAAGGUCAAAUGUCAGCAUGGGCUCAGGAAGAUGAAGUAGAGGGAGAAGAGGAGGACCUCGCAGAUGACGACGAAGUAAAUGUUGACGAUGGCACUGGUGCAGAGGUUGAUACAACUGAAGGAGGCGGCGAAGAGGAAGAGGAGGAGGAGGAAGCAACAGCCAAGGGGUCACCAGAUGCAGACACUAUUAUUCUUUUCACUAAGCCUGUUGGCUCAGGGACAGAACUACCUGCUGGAAAGUUGGUAGAAUUCCUUGUGGGCUUUACAAACAAUGGUGACAAGGACUUCAUAUUGGAUGCCAUUGAUGCAUCAUUCCGCUAUCCUAUGGAUUUUAACUUCUACAUUCAGAAUUUCACUGCUAUUCCUUACAACCGUGCUGUGAAGCCACGGCAGGAGGCCACAGUUAUGUAUUCAUUCUAUCCUGCUGAAGCAUUUGCUGCACGCCCUCUUGGACUAACUGUCAACCUUGCAUAUCAUGAUGCUGAUGGAAAUGCAUUCCUGGAGGCAGUCUUCAAUCAAACAGUCAGCAUAGUCGAGCUUGAUGAGGGAAUGGAUGGAGAAACAUUUUUCCUCUACCUGUUCAUGCUAGCUUUCAGCGUGCUGCUGCUUGUAGCAGGGCAUCACUUUCUCUCCUCAUUCGGCCGCAAGAAGGGAGGCAAGAAAGCUGUCGUGGAGGUGGGCACCAGCAAACGUGACGAUGUGGACUAUGAUUGGCUUCCCAAGGAAGUCCUUAAUGAAAUCAAGAAAACUCCACGUCAGUCACCUAGGCAACGGAAGGUCAACCGUGAUGCUAGUUCUAAGUAAACCAUCUGAUGCUACCUCUGAAGAUGUUCAGUUAGUUGUUACAGAUGACAACUGUCAACAUAACAAUCAUUGUAAGCUGCAAGAUUGUGGAAAUAGAAAAAAACUACUGAGGUUGCCUACAGUAGGGAACAUUAAUGAAGAAGGUUUUUUCCACUUGAUUGCUUGGCAUGAAAAAACAUGUCUCAUACUAAUGAACAUUUUUAUUUGCUCAUGGAAAUGCACUAGUGUGUGUAUAUUCUCAAAUUUGUUUCAGGCAAUUUAUCAUAUUCAAUUCUUAAGUCUCAAACUCACUAUACAUCAGUGCCCCCAAAGUUAUCUUCAGGUUUGGUGACUUCUAUGUUGGAAAUUAAUAAGUAAUUUUUUGUAUUUAUUAUUAUUAGUCAUGAUGACUGAAGACAACUUUGGGGGCAAUCAGGUUUCGAUUGUGGACCUCAGCAUAAUGGGGGGGGGGGAAGAGAAUUAUUUGUAAUGCAUUUUAUAAUGUACUAGUGUUUGCAUAUUCAGUGUCCUAUGUAGAAUAAAAUGUUAUGUAAACAAAGGUCCAAUAAAUAUUUGCCCUAGAA